CACGCGGCAGGCAGCCUGAGCGCCGGAACCGACUCCAGUUGAGAGACCUGCGAAGAAGAUAAAUAGGUCGAUCCGCGGCACGCCAAAAGCCUCUCAGCGGCAUUCCAGAUACGCAAUCCACACGCAUCAGCAGACAUGAAGUUCGCGUGCUUCGGUGCGGCGGCAGUGGCCGACGAGGCGGUGGCGGCGGCUGCCCGUCACCGCCGCAGGGGGACCAAGUUCCUCUUCGGCAGCAAGGCUGACAAGUCGACGUCGCAGCAGACCAAGACCAAGGGGACCACGUCGCCUGGCCGCCGCCGGGAGAUGACGGACUUCGACAUCUACAUGGCCGCCGCCGCCGCGAGGAAGUCCUCCGCGCCGUCCACGUCGUCGUCGGCGCUGAGCACCGCGGCGUCGCUCGACUCCGCCUGCACCUCGUCGUCGUCCUCCAUAUCCUCCUGCUCCCGCUCAUCCUCCUCGUCGUCGCUGUCCUCUCUGGCAGACGCGACGCCUCCUCAGCCUGCCAAGAGGCCGCCGCAGCAGCAGGGCGAGCGGAAGCGGUCGCCCGCGCUGGGCCCGGCGGCCGUGCUCGUGUGCCUCGUCAUGAUGGUAUUCGGCGGCCGGCUCGUGGCCACGCUGCUCACCGCGGCGGUCCUCGCCUUCUUCCCGCGCCAGUGCCCUGCCCACAGGCCUGCUCCGGUGUCCAGGAGAGAGGCGAUCGACGCGACGGCGGUUAUCCGUAGUUUCCCCGUCAGGAACCGCAACAAGUACUCAUAGAUUAAGAUUCGUUUACACCUUGCUUGUAAAGAAACCAAGACCACUUUUUGUCCGAAAGUUUAUAUUGAUGUUUGUAAAUAUACACAGUAUAAAUUUCGGAUUAGACCUUGAACCAGAAUACGUUUCA